GUUUGGUGAGGUUGUUUGCCAAGACUAGAAAGUGAGAGAGAAUAUGGGGAGAGGGAGAGUAGAGCUGAAGAGAAUUGAGAACAAAAUAAACAGGCAGGUCACAUUUGCCAAGAGGAGAAAUGGGUUGCUCAAGAAAGCUUAUGAACUCUCAAUUCUCUGUGAUGCUGAGGUUGCUCUUAUCAUCUUCUCUAACCGUGGCAAGCUCUUUGAGUUCUCUAGCUCCUCUAGCAUGACCAAAACACUCGAGAAAUAUCGAAGGUGCAAUUAUGGUGUAUGGGAGGCUACUCGCCAAGUAAAUGAGAAUCGGUCAUACAACUUUGACGAAUAUCUGAACCUAAAAGCUACAGUUGAAUUCCUGCAGCAAUCUCAAAGAAAUCUUUUGGGGGAAGAUUUAGGGCCAUUGAAUCCUAAGGAACUUGAACAGCUUGAGCAUCAAUUGGAGACAUCUUUGGAGCGCAUUAGAUCCACAAAGACAAAAUACCUAAUUGACCAGCUUGCAGAUCUUCAACACAAGGAACAAAUGCUUGUUGAAGACAACCAAGGCUUAAGAAAGAAGGUGGAAGAAAGAAGUGCACAAGUGGCAGCGGCGGCAGCCGCCACAUGGGACUGGGAAGCCGGCGGCGGAGGGCACAGCAUGGAGCAUCACAGCCGUGGUGCUUCACAAACAGACGCCUUCUUCCACCCCAUAAUACAAUCCACUCCCACUUUACAAAUUGGUUCAAUUUCUCUUGUGAAUUUCAGGUACAAUCCUGUUCACUCAGUGGGGUUGAAUAAUAAUGUUGGACCUCCAUCCCAAAAUGCCAAUGGAUUUCAGCUUGAUUGGAUGCUAUAAGAGUACUAUAGACACCAAAACUAUCUAUCAUAUUUUCUAAACAUAAAUUCCAGCUUAUGAAUCUUGGUUAAUUAAUUAAAUUCUCCACCCUCGAUAUUAUUUCGAGAUCGUUCCAUUUCUUAUCUUUUUCAUGCAUUCGGUUGUUCAUGUACAUAUAUAUACAUAUAACUUUGUUGUUUAACUUAGGAUUAUGACUCAAGUCAAAUCCAAACUUAAGACUUGUGUAAGUAUAAUAUACGUUUAAUUA